UUUUAGAUAUUCCCCGUGUGGCCCCCCCAUAGUCUCUUAAAGGCCUGGGUUAGUAACCAUGGGCCAGUAGAGUUCCUUUUCUACCCUCCUCCUGCGGUGAUCAUCCCGGCCUCCGGGUGUAAAAAUCCACCCCUACCCCCACCCCCAGCUCCCCAAGGCCGAGACGUGAGUGGCUGCAGCUACAACCAGGUUUGCCAACCAGCAGGAGAGGGGGGAGGAGCCCAGGCAGUUUGCAUUCUCUCCCUCUGCUCUUUGAAAACAACCAGAAAGACUUGAAAUGGGCUUGGGAGGAAAGGUUAGCGGGGGACUUGUCUUAGUCAUAAGGGUGGCUUGUUUUUACAUCUGAAAAAGGAGGAUACUAGCUGUUCUGACAUUUGGGAAGCCGAGCCACAGGGUUUACAGCAGACAGCAGUCUAGAGUUACUGUGUGGCUUUCACCCUCCGCUACAAGCAGAAAGGCACAGCUUUCAGAAAUGUCAGAAAUCCUCCGGGAACUAGUCUAUGUUUCUGAAAAGGCAGCAAACAUUGCCCGGGCCUGCAGGCAGCAAGAAUCACUUUUCCAACUACUAAUAGAAGAAAAGAAAGAAGGAGAAAAGAACAAGAAAUUUGUAAAUGACUUCAAGACAUUGGCUGAUGUGCUGGUACAGGAAGUUAUAAAACAGAAUAUGGGCAGCAAGUUUCCAGGCUUGGAGAAUCAUAUAUAUGGAGAAGAAUCCAAUGAAUUUACUAAUGAGUUAGGAGAAAAGAUCACAGUUAAAAUAUGUCCAACAGAAGAAGAAACUGCAGAACUUCUUAGUAAGGUUCUUAAUGGUAACAAGUUGGCAUCUGAAGCCCUGGCCCAAGCUGUCCAUCAAGAUAUUGCAUUUGCUGACCCAGCUCUGGAUUUGGUGAAAAUCAACAUUCCACAAGAUAUCAUGGGAAUGUGGGUGGAUCCUAUAGACUCUACUUAUCAAUACAUAAAAGGGUCCGCUGACAUCAAGCCCAAUCAAGGAAUAUUUCCAUGUGGACUUCAGUGUGUUACUAUAUUAAUUGGUGUCUAUGAUAGACAAACAGGGGUGCCAUUGAUUGGAGUCAUCAAUCAACCAUUUGCAUCACAAGAUGUAAAAACACUCAGGUGGAAAGGACAGUACUUUUGGGGCCUUUCUUAUAUGGAUUCCAACAUUCAUUCACUUCAGCUUUCCAAUGAGAAUGGAAAUGAUGGUGAAGCAGCCAGCCAGCUGACUGAAGAGGCCAGCUGUGAACCUAAAUUCACCAAGCACUUUUCUGCCAUCAUUAGUGCAAGCGAAAAGGACACCAUCAAAACAGCCCUAUCCAAUAUAUGUGGUGAAAAUGUGUAUGGGGCAGCUGGAGCUGGAUACAAGAGCCUUUGUGUUGUACAAGGUCUUGUUGAUGUCUACAUCUUUUCGGAGGAUACCACAUUCAAAUGGGACUCCUGUGCUGCGCAUGCCAUAUUGAAGUCAAUUGGUGGAGGAAUGGUGGAUUUGAGGGAGUGCUUAAAAAGAAACCCAGAAACUGGGCUUGAUUUGCCACACUUGUUGUACAAUGUGGACAAUCAAGGUGCUACUGGUAUAGAUCGAUGGGCCAAUAAGGGUGGACUUGUUGCUUACAGAUCACAGCAAUGGCUAAAAACAUUCCUGGAUCUGCUGAUCAAAAACUUGGCACUUUCUAACACAUUGACAUAGGUUGGCUCCUGAAAUCAGUGUGUAUUUGUCUUAUACCAUAACAGUAUUUCUGACUUACCUUUAUCUCUAAAGUAGCUUUGUAUUGUUUUGUGGUUAAAUGUUCAAGUUCUUCCUAUGAAUUGCAAUAUCUAUUUGCACUUAAAACCAAUUCUUUUUCUAUCUAUUACUAUGCUUUAAACAUCACUAAUUCUGAUCUUUGAGUCAAAGAAUUUUGUGUAACAAUAUAAAUAUUAAUGUAUCUAGUGCAACAUUAGUCUACCAAAGACUGGUCCAAAACACAGAAUAUUUAAAUUAUACAGUAGAUUCUUUGGAUUACAGUAAAGAUCAGUUUUGAUGGGAAAAGAGCCAUUUGUGUGGAAAAUGGAUAGUAUUCUAAAUCUACACCCAAUGACUUACCCUCCAACAAAAAAAAUCUAAGUUACAAAAAAUUUGGAGAAAAUAGUCUUCAUACCAUAUGAAUCUUUCCUUCUAUAAAUGUUGCUGACUUACUCUUAUUAAAAUUAUCUGGUAGAUCCUACUCCUAUUUUGUGGUCUUUCAGACCCAGUUCUGCUAACUACAAAGAUAAGCAGGAUGGGAGAGAUGCUUGAGCUCAAACUCACAGUGAGAACAUUCGAGCUAAAAGGGUUAUCAAAAGCAGAAAGAGCCCCUUCAAAACUGAGGUUUCUCAGUAUUGCCAAACUGUUGUCCGCCAUAUGCCCUCUGGUGGUUAUUUAAAGUACCUGCAGUGUUCUCUAUCAACAUAAAACACUGAACUCUAGUUUCUCAAGGGAGGAUAUUUAGUAUGCAGAUAACUGAAAUUUCAAAUCAUGGUCCAUCUUCUGAUUUUUUUCUUUGCCUUUCCUUCUAAGACUCUCUGAUUCUCACUGUGUACAAAUAAAAAUUAGUUAAUCUGAAUCAAUAAAUAUUUAUUAAGCACCUGUCAGGUGCUGGAGAUAACAAAAAGAAGCAAAAAUACAGUCCCUGCCCUCAAAGAGCUCAUAGUAUAAUGGAGGAGCUCACAAUCUAAUAGACAAAUCAAGAAAAAUUUAUUCUACUGUUAUUGUAAAAAUGGUUCAUUCUGAGAUAGUGGCAUUCUCCACAGAGCUGCUUAAGCCUUUUGCAGACAUUCUGUAAGAUGAGAUGAGUAGAUUGGUAGGAUUAUCUAUAUGUUAGGAAGACUGGUGAAGACUCUGGUGACUGUGAACCCUAAUAUUCCUCACUGAUGUAAACCAUUUAAUUUACAAAAUGUUCAGUUGGUCUUUUUGUUUAACAGCUUCACAUAAACCAGUUUUGGGUUGUAAACCAGGAUAUCUUAUUUAUUUUCUUACUCUUUUUGAUUAUUUUAAUUAUUGUGUAUAAUAACACAUAUGUCAUAAAAACCAAACUGGAAUAAAGAACUAUGUAGCAUGCAGUAA